AUCGGCGCCGUGCGGCAUCGCUCCGCAUCCAAGUCCCUGGCAUCAUCACGACCAUCUCAUCGCACGUCUCGCCCGUGGAUAAGCGGUCUACGGACAGCAUGGCCAGCCCGGCAUCUGUCAACACCGGCCAUCUCCGCGCCAGCACUGCCGACAGCUCCAAAGUCAGGAGAGCAUCCGAGGGCCUCGUCGACCUGGACCGCGAUAUGACCAAGAUGCGACGCAUGUCGAUGGUCAGCCCGAUCACGUCGGACUCUACCACUGUCCGCGAGAGCAUGAGCGACUCGCCAAACAUUUCAGGCAAGUUGGCCUCUGCGGGCCCGAUGACCAACAGCAGCAUCGACAACUCGGUGAUUGACUCGUCCGUCGCAACCGACGAAACCGUCGAGCCCUCCAAGAAGGAGAUCGAGGACUGGCACCUGUUCCAUCGGCCGCCAAAAGAGAUCCGGUCGGUGCGCUUUGCCUUCAACUCGGCGACGACGUCGUCGAUGGCACCGGCCCUGAUGUUCCAAGAGGUCCACCGAGUGCUGGUGGUGAUGCAGAGCCGACACAGCAACCAGCUGCAGUUCUCGCGAGUGGAGGACUACUACAUGCUCGAGUGCUCCUAUACCCUCAGCUCGGACUCGCCCGAUGCCGCUGAUGGCGAAUUUGUCAAGUUUGAGAUUGAAAUCUGCAAGGUUUGGCUGCUGAAGGUCCACGGCGUGCGUCUCAAGCGACUCUCUGGCAGUGCACUCAUCUUCAAGGAGCUCCACAGCGAGUUUGUCGGGAUGCUGGAGCUUUGAGGGGGGAAAUCUAAAGCGUGCACCGACGGCUGCGAGAACGAGUGUGCGCUCAUGGACAUGUUCAACCAUCGGGCUUGGCAAAAAACGGCCGGCGUGGAAUCGCUCAGUCCAGACACAGCCGCUGUGCAAUGUAGCUCGAUUGAAUGGGCAAGACAGAGGCAACCCCGGCCUUAUCCUGAUACAUCCGAUCAUCCGCGACCUUGGUACAGGUACUCAUCCUC